ACUGCGGACAUAGUACAGGAGAUGACCAGAGACUGCGGACAUAGUGCAGAUGACCAGAGACUGCGGACACAGUACAGGGAAUGACCAGAGACUGCGGACACAGUACAGGGAAUGACCAGAGACUGCGGACACAGUGCAGGAGAUGACCAGAGACUGCGGACACAGUACAGGGGAUGACCAGAGACUGCGGACACAGUGCAGGAGAUGACCAGAGACUGCGGACACAGUACAGGGAAUGACCAGAGACUGCGGACAACAGUGCAGGGGAUGACCAGAGACUGCGGACACAGUGCAGGGAAUGACCAGAGACUGCGGACAGUGCAGGGAAUGACCAGAGACUGCGGA